CCCACAGCUUUUCAUGUUUUCCCUAUUUCUUUCUCCUUAGGGUUUCUGACCUUUUAAGCCUGUGAAAAGUUAAGUUUAAAUACACUAGAAGGCGAUAUAGAAAAGGGGCUGAUUCUGGGCUCUUCUCUUCAUCUUCUUGAUAAAUUUGCAUCUGGGAUUCAUCUGGCUAAGGUUUUAUUGUAGGUGUCAUACAUCAAAAUACAGAACAAGUGGGGCCAUCCUUUGUAGGACACAAAAGUUGCUGGUGGUAGCGAAUAUGGCGGCUAUAAGUGAUGUGGCCACGGCAAUUUCCCUGAUUGGUAAAGUUAUAAAGGCAGCUACUAAUGCACAACUGAUGAAGAAGGAAUUUAAGGAGUUAGUAGAUUACUUAGAAUUGGUAGGAAAACAGUUGGAGAUGCCCGAUGACAGGGAGCUUGGUGAUGCUUCCAUGCAAACACUUCAGAAGAUGGAGGAGGUCUUGCUUCAGUGUCAUGAUCUCGCUAUUAGCUGCCAGCAACGAAGUUCUAUCUACCUUGUGGUCAAAGGUAAGCGGAUUCAGAACGAACUCAGAGGGGCACAAGAAAAAAUAACAAAAUACUUGACGCUUAUUCCACUCAUCCAUUUCACACAAGUUUUUAGGCGGUUUAAGGAAGAAGAAACAAACAUAAAUGAGAAUUGGCACGAACAUGCUAGCAAUGAAUUAGAUAUUCCAGGUUUGGUUGCAGAAAGAAUUGCCGAAUUUACAGAUAAUAGGUUUCAAAGUAAUGCUCACUUGUUCACCUAUGAACAAAUAGUAAAAAUGACACACAACUUUGAGACAGUCAUUGGCAGAGGGGGAUUUGGUAUAGUCUAUUAUGGACUUUUGGAAGAUGGAACUGAUGUCGCAAUCAAGCGACAGAGACACUCAUCACAACAGAGUGACAUGGAGUUCUUUGCUGAGUUGAGGAGCUUAACCCAAGUUCACCACACGAAUCUAAUUUCUUUAAUUGGUUACUGCAAGGAUAGAAGCUACCUUGCUAUUGUCUAUGAGUACAUGCCUCAAGGAAACCUUCAAGACCAUCUGAGAGGUGAAGCUGGGUUUCCUGUGUUGACAUGGGUAGAGAGGCUCCAAAUUGCAUACCAAGCUGCACAAGGAUUGGACUAUUUGCAUACGCGAUGCAACCCGCCAAUAGUUCAUAGGGAUGUGAAGAGCUCAAACAUUCUCUUGGGUGCAGAUUUAGAGGCUAAAAUAACAGAUUUUGGAAUUUCCAAGGCUUGGAAUGAGAAUGACACUUAUACAACCACAAGAGUGGUUGGAACAGUAGGGUAUAUUGAUCCAGCUUAUUUCCGUACUGGCUAUGCCAGUGAUGCAAGUGAUGUUUAUAGCUUUGGGAUAAUCCUUCUGGAAAUGAUUACUGGCCAACCUCCAAUAAUUCGUGGCCCAGAAGUGCAACAACACAUUGUUCAAUGGAUAUCUCUAAGAGUUACCGGUGAAGGAGAUUUUGUUGAUACAAGUAUGAACGAAUACUAUGACCCUAGCUCUGUGUGGAAGGUUCUUCAGCUAGCAUUGAGUUGCACAGACUUAUCAGCCAGUAGGAGACCUCGAAUGGCUGAAGUAGUAAUCCAACUGAAAGAGAUCAUUGAAAUGAAGCCUUUGAAACAGAUGACUGAGGACAUGAACAAUAAAGAUAUGGAAAAUGAAGAAGUGGAAGAAGCAUUUGUAACCUCAAUUGCUCAAGCUGAUCGCCCCAUAUGCAUGCAUAAACUGUCAGCCAAUUUGUUCACAUCAUGGACACACAAUACCCCUGGUAGAAGGUUUUGGCGAUGCAAAAAUUGGAAAAUGGCCGGUGACUGUGGCUUUUUCAAAUGGCAUGACCCUGUGCAGGAAAGUGUCGCAAUAGAACAAUUGGAUUUUGUAAUCCACCAAAGCGAAGAGCUAGAUGAGGAGAUAAUGAUAUUGGAUGAAGAAAGUGCAAUUCUUUUUUGCAAGUUGAAAGUCUUGCAAGAAAAACUUGUUGAAUGCAAAAGGAGUAAGAAGGCAUUAGAAAUGAAGUUGGAAAGCAUGGACAGAUUUUACGUACAUAUGUAAUUUUCAUAGGCAAGAUGUUCUUAGGGUUCAAUGGAUUAAUCUUGAAAUUU